AUGAAGCUUAAUACUUGCAGUUUCUUGUUCUCGAGAGACUUAAAUCCAGCAGAACGUAUUGAUCUUUUAGAGAUUAAGUACGAUCUCAGGAAUGUGACUCUGGCAGCGGGAGAAGAAGAUGGUUAUGAAGGUGAUUGUUCAGCAAAAGCUCUAUAUGCAAAACUAACGGAGUCUGAGCCAGAUUGGGAGUAUAAAAGAAUUUUGCAAAACAAAUUAAUCCCGCCGAAGAUACCGUUUUUGGUUUGGGCUUCUCUUCAUGAUUCUGUCCCAACAAGAUCCAUGCUGCAACACAGGGGAAUGAUAAUCCAUUCUAAUUUAUGUGUUUACUGUGAUGAAGAAGAGGAAUCUGCUGCGCGCUUAUUUUUGAAUUGCAGCUGGGCUAGUUAUGUUUGGAAUAUGUUUUUAUCUUCUUUACAGAUCCCAUGGGCGUCGACGAAUGAUAUCAAAAAUCUGCUUUUAAGUUGGAGGGUUGGUGGAGUUUCACAGCGAAAGAAAUUUUUUUGGCAGAUACUUUUGUUUGCAAUUAUCUGGAUGCUAUGGCUAGAAAGGAACAGUAGGGUGCAUGGAGGAAGAAGUAAGUCAAAAGAUGAAUUGGUUAAAGCUGUGAAGUCGAACAUCUGUAUGUGGAGCAUGGAUACGAAUAUAUUUCGUGAUUUCUCGAUGGACAAAUAA